GUCACCUUCCUCGAGAACACCACCAAGUCCAACCCCAAGCGCAAGAAGCUCUCCUCCCCCUCCCCAAGGAUCCCGACAGACGGCCCCCGACCCCCUCCAAUGCCCCACAGUCCACGGACAUGGCCUUCCUCAGAACCCUAAACCCUCUCCUCCGUAGGAGAACCCCGCUCCCGAAUCCGAGGCCUCUCCUCUCCCACUACACCCUCUCCGCCCCCUUCCGCGCCGCCGUCCCUCCCGCCCCCUCCCCCUCCCCCUUCGCCGCCGCGGCCGCGGCCGCGCACCCCCGCGUCCUCGCCCGCUCCCGCAGCGGACCGCUGCUCCCCUCCUCGUCCCCAUGGACGCUCCCGCGGUCCGCCACGCCGUUCACCACCGCCGCCGCUUUCCGCUCGAAGCUCCACAGGGCUCGCGCCAUUGCCGGCGGCAGUGCGCAGGCUCUCGCCGACGCGGUGCGGUGGGAGCCCAAGCGGGUCUACGGAGGCGAGGCUGCGGGUCCGGGUGGAGGUGAGAAGUUUCUGAAUCUGCCCAAUUUGGUGUCGAUCGGGCGCAUGGCGUCGGGGCCGCUCAUUGGAUGGAUGAUUAUGAAUGAAUGGUAUCUUCCUGCUUUUGGCACAUUAGCUUUGUCUGGUGCAAGUGAUUGGUUGGAUGGUUUUUUAGCAAGAAAGAUGGGCAUCAAUUCUGUCAUUGGUUCAUAUCUGGACCCAUUGGCUGACAAGGUGUUGAUUUGCUGUGUUGCUGUAGCAAUGGUUGAGAAGGAGCUCUUACAUCCUGGCCUUGUUGGCCUGGUGGUUGCAAGAGACUUUCUCCUGGUGGGUGGGGCUUUCUACAAACGAGCAUCCAGCCUGGGAUGGAAGUGGAACAGUUGGUCAGACUUUUGUAACUUAGAUGCAAUUCAGCGUGAGAAGGUUCAACCUCUUUUCAUCAGCAAGGUAAAUACAGUAUUUCAGUUGAUGUUGGUUGCUGGUGCACUCCUUCAGCCAGAAUUCGGCACAGAGGAGACUCAGAAUUAUAUUACAUACUUGGGUUGGCUGGUUGCUACUACAACAAUGGCAUCCACAGUAGGUUAUGGUGUGAAAUACUAUCAGUUAAGACCGAGGACAUGAUGACAGCUGUUGCCUGCAUUUUUGUUAAAUACCAGCCAGAUUACGAUUGGUGAAUCCAGCAAUUAGUGGUGAAACUCGAUUGUUUCCAUGGACCAUCCAAAUUUGAAGAAAUGGAAGGGUUGUGCAGUUUCUGAAAAUGAAAGCUGCAGAUGUUUGCUGUAUUAGGACCUCUCCCAAGUAGCCAUUAGUCUAGUUCCUAACAUAUGGAGCCAUUGACUAGAAUAUAAAGCUGUAGAAUUUGUUGUAUUUUUUUCCCCUUAAGAAUGGUUAUCAAAUUACUGGAGGGCAAACCGCAUGCCAGUGUACAUAUUCUUGCAGCUCUGUACUAAGGUUGAGUACAGACUAGAGAGGUUGGCUAGUCUUGAGACGUCAGCGGUUGAAGUCUACAAAUUCUCUCAUAUUCCAAAGGAUUUAGUUGAGUCGUUUUAACCCCUGCAAACGGUGAAAUGUAUAAACUCAUAUUUUCUAUGUCCCUGUAUUGUACUUGCGGGUUAAAAUGUAGUAGUGGAUAGAUCCAGUUGAACCAGCUGAUUACUGGUCGAAAUAAGGCAUUAUUUGCUUCUUAA